AGUUUUGUCAUUCGGUGAAAUUCCAGUUUUGAAAUAACAAGAAAAUACUCUUUACACAGCCAUGCGGCGAAGUAAGGCCGAAGUGGAACGCUAUAUUUCUUCAGUACAGAGUUCCUCUCCUUCACUCAAAGAGGUGAGUCCAACCGGCUUCAAUUCAUCCUGCGUGUAUUAGCUAGCGGCCAUCAUGGCCUGGUAUGAUAGAUAGCAAUACAGCAAGCAUUGAAGUAACUAGCUAGCCACAGACUAGCAAUAGACUAAAUCUGAACAACGACAAGUAGUUAACGGAUCCUUCAUUUUGGAUCGCUAACGUAGCUAACUAACUAGGUUGGGAAAUGUGACACUUCUGAAGUUAAUCCCUCGCAAUGAACACUUCCUUGUGUGAAAAACGCGCGGGCAGCAGGACUGGCUAUCUUUUGAAACAUCGCAUGCCCUCAGCCUGCAUUAUGCCGGCUAGUUUAACUACCUAGCAAACGAUCAUACCGGCUAAGUAGUUAGUUAGUUAGUUGUGUGUCACUCUUCCUACGAUCCGUUGGAAAAUAGCCAUAAUCGCCUUUUUUGACAUUUGUACCUAGCUAGCUAGAAAUUUAUAUUUGAAUGGAUUCAGUUAAUUAACUUAAUUAACUAGCUUGUGGAAUUUCCAGAAAGCUGGUACGACUGUCUGAUUUAUUAGGCAACUAAUUUAGUUAGCUACCUAAGUUUAGGUAACUUUAACAUACAAUAGGUAACCGUGUCUUACUUCAGUGGUUAGCUAACUAGCUGUUAUAACUAUGAGUCUAACCUUAUUUUAAACUUGGCCUAUAUAUGUUCUCUUUCCACAGAAACCAAUUAAAGGAUUUUUAUUUGCUAAAUUAUACUUCGAGGCUAAGGAGUAUGAACUUGCUAAAAGGUACGCCCUGAACACGUAGACAUAUUGAAGUGGGUAGCUACAUAUUUUGUGUGUUUAUUCCGAAUGUAUGGUCCCCACUUUUAGACAUGUAUCGGCAUAUCUGACUGUGGCCGAGAGAGAUCCCAAAGCACACAAGUUCCUGGGCCAGCUUUAUGAGAGGGAAGGAGAUAUCAACAAGGCAGUAGGAUGUUACAAGGUAAGAUGAUAUCCCUCUCAGUUGCUCACUUACUUAGUAAUGUUAUAGUAUCCGAUUAGUCUGUCCAUUAGGCUUCGUCAGUCAUCCAGUUUUGUAUAAUUGAUUCAUUUUUGAAGAAACAGCUAAAUAUAUGGGGGAUUGGAAAUGAUGCAGACAAUUACAUUGAUAGAAGCCAUAAUCUAUCUGUAAUAUUAAAGCUGAUCUACCCCCUAAAAAAGGGGGGGGAAACAGCUUUGCCAGUUAGCUGUGAUCGCCAAUUGCAAACCUAACUGACAAUGUAAAGAUGGUUUCAGGUCUUUAAUUAUGUGUGUGUGUGUCCAGCGGUCUGUGGACCUGAACCCAGCCCAGAGGGACCUGGUUUUGAAGGUGGCUGAGCUGCUGGUCGGUAAGACAGAGCGAGACAGCAGAGCAGAGUUCUGGGUGGAGAAAGCUGCCAAGUUGCUGCCAGGAAACCCUGCUGUCUUCAACCUCAAGGUAAGAGCUCUAACACAGUAUUGAUUUCCUGUAUGUAGCUUUUUAGGCUUUUUUUAAAGGGUGUGCCUAACCUGAAAUAGUGUGUCAAGGUUAGUCUGCCUGCAUUAUGACUGGAGGAUUGUUUACAAACUGUGGCACAGGGUUGACCCAAGAUCACUAGCCGCCUGUUGAGCUGGCAGCUGUUGCCCUCCUCAACCUCUUUCUCCCCCCUCAGGAACAGUUGUUGAGCAACAGACGGGUUCCGGGGGCUAGAAACGGCUAUUUAAAAAAAAUCUGUUGUUUAACAAUCCUGGCUAACUCUCCCUCUACCCCCUAUAGGAGCGUCUACUGAAUCGACAGGGCCAGCAGGGAUGGAACCAGUUGUUUGACCUGCUGCAGGCAGAGCUGGCUAUGCGACCUGGCGAUGCCCAUAUCAAUGUAAAGCUGGUUCAGCUGUUCUCUUCUGAUGGCAGGCUGGAGGAGGCUGUCAAACACUGUCUGGCCACAGAGAAGAGAGGCCUGCUUAAAUCCAGCUUGGACUGGUACUCUACUGUAGUACACACUCUACAGGUCAGCAGGAUGCUCACACAAUACAAUAUACACUUAUGGAAUUACAUGUACAAUGGUAAAGUGCUUAAUUUGGUGUGUUUCUCAGGAGUUCCUAGCCCAGCCCAGUGUUUCAUCCAAUGAGAAGACGAGUAGACCUUUGCAGAGAGAGCUACUUUUGGCCCACUGCAGCCUGCUGAGACUGACCCUGUCGGGAAAAGGACUGCAGCCUAGCAUCAAGGCCCUCGGGAGGUGCGUGUUUGUCAGAACCAGGCUAGGCAGUGAAACGUGACUGCUGGACACUUGGCUGUAGUUAAUCCAUUCUUAGCCUACCAACAGAGCUCCUGCAUUAGAGCAUCACUCUGUAGAGUCCUACUAGAUUAGUAGCAGUGUUUGUACCUUAUUUAACACCUGUCUCUCUCUGUGUAGUUUUGACUGUGCGAUGCAGGGCCUGAAGAAGACAGCGUGCAGUGUAACCGAUGAUCUAUCUGGGGUCUAUGUGGAGAUGAGGGGACAUCUGUACCUGCAUGCUGGCACUCUGCUGCUGAAGAUGGCUCAGGAAAGAAAAGAGCAGUGGAGGGCUGUCAUUGACCUGGCUGCUCUCUGCUAUUUACUGGCUUACCAGGUAACGCACACAAACUAGAAGCUUUGUAUUUAGCAAAUGACUGUCUUUCAUGUUGUAUCCAACUUCUUUUCAUUCUUCCUAUUUAGGUCCCCAGGCCGAAGAGCAAGGUGACUAAAGGGGACCAGUCUCCUCCUCAGCAUCUGGAGCUGCUAGCCAGUGACAGACAGAGCCAGGCUGGACACAUGCUGCUUAACCUCAACCCUGACACACAUACCUUUGUCAGAGAGGUGGUGGAGGCGUUUGGUAACCGUAGUGGUCAGGGCUCUUUGUUUGAGCUUUUGUUUGGGCUUCAGGCUCCGGCUGGGACUUCCUUCAUUGGCAACGACGACAUCCGCUCCAUCAACACACAGGCUCCAGCAAUAUCUGACCUCAUCAAAUGGGACAACGGUAUGAUGUGUGUAGCUCUACACAAGAGGAGACGAGCUGAUCUCACACAAGUUCCCUGUGUAACCCUGUUCCUCUCCUGUCUCUAGGCUCCAUCCAGCUCCAAGGAGGGGACCUCCAGCAGCUGUGUUGGCUGGGCCUCCAGUGGUCUCUCCUGGCCCAGAGGCCUGCUCUGAGGGACUGGCUCAAACAGCUGUUCCCCAGGCUCAUCCUGGAGACCUCCAAACUGGACACCAACACACCUGAGUCCAUCUGCCUGCUAGACCUGGAGGUGGGUGUGGCCGGGGUUGCUCUACAAUAUCUAUGCAGCUCUGUUACAGACUUACAGUUGAAGUCGGAAGUUUACAUACACCUUAGCCAAAUACAUUUAAACUCAGUUUUUCACAAUUCCUGACAUUUAAUCCUAGUAAAAUAUUUCCUGUUUUAGGUCAGUUAGGAUCACCACUUUAUUUUAAGAAUGUGAAAUGUCAGAAUAAUAGUGAUUUAUUUCAGCUUAUUUCUUUCAUCACAUUCCCAGUGGGUCAGAAGUUUAUAUACACUCAAUUAAUAUUUGGUAGCAUUGUUUAACUUGGGUCAAACGUUUUCCGGUAGCUUUCCACAAUAAGUUGGGUGAAUUUUGGCCCAUUCCUCCUGACAGAGCUGGUGUAACUGAGUCAGGUUUGUAGGCCUCCUUGCUCGCACACACUUUCAGUUCUGCCCACACGUUUUUUUAUAGGAUUGCGGUCAGGGCUUUGUGGUCAGGGCUUUGUGAUGGCCACUCCAAUACCUUGACUUUGUUGUCCUUAAGCCCUUUUUGCCACAACUUUGGAAGUAUGCUUGGGGUCAUUGUCCACUUGGAAGACCCAUUUGCGACCAAGUUUUAACUUCCUGACUGAUGUCUUGAGAUGUUGCUUCAAUAUAUCCACAUAAUUUUCCUUCCUCAUGAUGCCAUCUAUUUUGUGAAGUGCACCAGUCCCUCCUGCAGCAAAGCACCCCCACAGCAUGAUGCUGCCACCCCCGUGCUUCACGGUUGCGUUGGUGUUCUUCGGCUUGCAAGCCAUCCCCUUUUUCCUCCAAACAUAACGAUGGUCAUUAUGGCCGAACAGUUCUAUUUUUGUUUCAUCAGACCAGAGGACAUUUCUCCAAAAAGUACGAUCUUUAUCCCCAUGUGCAGUUGCAAACCGUAGUCUGGCUUUUUAUGGCGGUUUUGGAGCAGUGGCUUCUUCCUUAAUGAGCGGCCUUUCUGGUUAUGUCGAUAUAGGACUCGUUUUACUGUGGAUAUAGAUACUUUUGUACCCGUUUCCUCCAGCAUCUUCACAAGGUGGUCCUCUGUAGCUCAGCUGGUAGAGCACGGCGCUUGUAACGCCAAGGUAGUGGGUUCGAUCCCCGGGACCACCCAUACACAAAAAUGUAUGCACGCAUGACUGUAAGUCGCUUUGGAUAAAAGCGUCUGCUAAAUGGCGUAUUAUAAUAAUAAUAAUAAUAAUAAGGUCCUUUGCUGUUGUUCUGGGAUUGAUUUGCACUUUUCGCAUCAAAGUACGUUCAUCUCUAGGAGACAGAACGCGUCUCCUUCCUGAGCGGUAUGACAGCUGCGUGGUCCCAUGGUGUUUAUACUUGCGUACUAUUGUUUGUACAGAUGAACAUGGUACCUUCAGGCGUUUGGAAAUUGCUCCCAAGGAUGAACCAGACUUGUGGAGGUCUACACAUUUUUUUCUGAGGUCUUGGCUGAUUUCUUUUGAUUUUCCCAUGAUGUCAAGCAAAGAGGCACUGAGUUUGAAGGUAGGCCUUGAAAUACAUCCACAGGUACACCUCCAAUUUACUCAAAUGAUGUCAAUUAGCCUAUCAGAAUCUUAUAAAGCCAUGACAUUUUCUGGAAUUUACCAAGCUGUUUAAAGGCACAGUCAACUUAGUGUAUGUAAACUUCUGACCCACUGGAAUUGUGAUACAGUGAAAUAAUCUCUGUAAACAAUUGUUGGAAAAAUUACUUGUGUCAUGCACAAAGUAGAUGUCCUAACCAACUUGCCAAAACUAUAGAUUGUUAACAAGAAAUUUGUGGAGUGGUUGAAAAACAAGUUUUAAACUUCUGACUUCAACUGUAUAACAAUCUUGUAAUACUGUUCUUCGAAUGAUAUCGUUGAUUGUCUUUUUGCUUAAUUUUUCAUUCAUACAAUGACCUUGAAUGCUCUAAGAACUAAUGCAAUACACUGGUGUGAUUCUCUCCUCUCUAGGUGUUCCUGUGUGGGGUGGUGUGGUGCAGUCACACCCAGCUCCAGGAGAGGGCCAGGAUCAGUUCUACUGGUCAACAGCAACUCAAUGAGCCCCGCUGCCUGCCCCUGCCCCUCCUCCGCUUCCUUUCCACAGACAGACAGAGGGACUGGUGGGACGCCGUCUACAGCCUCAUACAUAAACGAGCUGCGUGAGUCACUACGGGUUCAUCUCUAUACUUGUAUGAUAGAUGGCUGAAAUCAAGUGUUUUACUACCCAAACAAGCUCUGUAAAAGUUACCCAGGCACUAUUCCCCAAUCCCUCACAUGAACUGAUCACUGAUAUAAUAUGUUGAGUGUUAAAAUGUAAAGGCCCAAGAUGGAGAAGUCAAGCUGAUUGAUGGCUCUGUGGUUAACAUGACUAUGGUUCUGGUUCUGUCUGCAGUCCUAGUAUGUAUAAUACUCUGUUGUUGUUUUGUUUUUUAGGCCUGGCAUGUCAGCCAAACUGAGGAUGACUGUUCAACAUGGACUAAGCACCCUGCGAGCUGGAGAGAAACAUGGCCUUCAACCAGCCCUGCCCAUACACUGGGCCCAGCACCUCAGCUCAACGGUACACACCUCGGCCAGAUGGCACACCUGCCUUUUUCUAUCACACACUACCAUAAGUCAACAUGAUAUGCUAGGUGUCUGUCUGAAAUGAUUACCUCUGCCAUUUACUCAAUAGUAUUUAUAACUUCCAAUUAGUGUAUGGUCAUUAUUUAUAACUCUUGGUCUAGUCAGAAUAUUCCACAUCAGCAAUUUCCCUUUGGUACAGUAAAUUAUGUCUAUAUUAAACUAAAUCUGAGAAUGCGACUCAGAACGAUGAGUCCUUACUUAUAAUGGCUGAUUUGAAGUAAUGCCAUUUCUGCAUUUAGAUUUAACACCUGCUGUGCUGUUCACAGGGGGUUGGUGUGAACUCCUACUAUGACCAGAAGGAGUACAUAGGGCGUAGUGUCCACUACUGGAAGGUGGUUCUCCCCCUGCUGGACAAGAUCAAGCGGAGACGCAGCAUCCCUGAACCCCUGGACCCCCUCUUCAUACACUUCCCCUCUAGAGACAUACAGGUGAGCUACCACCACAGCUGCUUUUCUGACCAACUGGGUUAGAACCUAGCGUUCCACAAGACUUGUUAGUCUGCUGAGUUAAAACAUUUGCAUGUGUGACACGUGUAGACUUUUAAUAUCACUGAUGCCAAUUGUGAAAAUUGACGAGUCCAGGCUUAAUGUAUGCAUUGCUCUAGUUUCAUUGGUUAGUGAGUUUGUGUUUGCGUGUUCAUCUCAGAUCCCAUCAGUGAAGGGCUUUGAGGAGGAGGCCAUGAUAGCGUUUGCGACCCUCUUGGACGUCGAGGGGAGGACAGAGGAGGCUGUCACUACCCUGGAGACAAUCAACAACAUCUCAUCUAACUGGCACCUAGCUAGGGUAUGUAGUGAGGGGUUCACUGCUUUACCUUGCUCUGGGAGUCCCCCCUGCACUUUUCCCACUCUGCACUUUAGCGCCAUGCCUUCUAGUGCAGCUGCCAGUAAAAAACAAAAAAAUACAGUACCAGUCAAGUUUGGACACCUACUCAAGGGGUUUUCUUUAUUUAUACUAUUAUCUACAUUGUAGAAUAAUAGUGAAGACAUCACAACUAUGAAAUAACACAUAUGGAAUCAAGUAGUAACCAAAAAAGUGUUAAACAAAUCAAAAUAUAUUUUAUAUUUGAGAUUCUUCAAAUAGCCACCCUUUGCCUUGAUGACAGCUUUGCACACUUGGCAUUCUCUCAAUCAGCUUCAUGAGGAAUGCUUUUCCAACAGUCUUGAAGGAGUUCCCAUAUAUGCUGAGCACUUGUUGGCUGCUUUUCCUUCACUCUGCACUCCAACUCAUCCCAAACCAUCUCAAUUGGGUUGAGGUCGUGUGAUUGUGGAGGCCAUGUCAUCUGAUGCAGCACUCAUCACUCUCCUUCUUGGUCAAAUAGCCCUUACACAGCCUGGAGGUGUGUUGGGUCAUUGUCCUGUUGAAAAACAAAUGAUAGUCCCACUAAGCGCAAACCAGAUGGGAUGGCUUAUCGCUGCAGAAUGUUGUGAUAGCCAUGCUGGUUAAGUGUGCCUUGAAUUCUAAAUAAAUCACUGACCGUGUCACCAGCAAAGCACCAUCACACCUCCAUGCUUCACGGUGGGAACCACACAUGCGGAGAUCAUCCGUUCACCUACUCUGUGUCUCACAAAGACACGGCGGUUGGAACCACAAAUCUCAAAUUUGGACUCAUCAGACCAAAGGACAGAUAUCCACCGGUCUGUCCAUUGCUCGUGUGUCUUGGCCCAAGCAAGUCUCUUCUUAUUGGUGUCCUUUAGUAGUGGUUUAUUUGCAGCAAUUUGACCAUGAAGGCCUGAGUCACGCAGUCUCCUCUGAACAGUUGAUGUUGAGAUGUGUCUGUUACUUGAACUCUGAAGCAUUUAUUUGGGCUGCAAUCUGAGGUGCAGUUAACUCUAAUGAACUUAUCCUCUGCAGCAGAGGUAACUCUGGUUCUUUCAUUUCUGUGGAGGUCCUCAUGAGAGCCAGUUUCAUCAUAGCGCUUGAUUGUUUUUGCGACUGCACUUGAAGAAACUUUCAAAGUUCUUAAUUCUCCGGAUUGCCUGACCUUCAUGCCAUAAUAUGGACUUAGCCCUAUUUGGUAAAAGGCCAUCUUAUGUAUACCACCCCUAACUUGUCACGACACAAGUGAUUGGCUCAAACGCUUUAAGAACAAAAUAAAUUCCACAAAUUAACUUUUAACAAGGCACACGUAUGAAUUGAAAUGCAUUCCAGGUGACUACCUCAUGAAGCUGUCAUCAGUGUGCAAAGCUGUCAAGGCAAAUGGUGGCUACUUUGAAGAAUCUCAAAUAUAAAAUAUUUUGAUUUAACACUUUUUUUGGUUACUACAUGAUUCCAUGUGUUAUUUCAUAGUUUUGAUGUCUUCACUAUUAUUCUACAAUGUAGAAAAUAGUACAAAUACAGAAACCCUGGAAUAAGUAGGUGUCCAAACUUUUGACUGGUACUGUAUAUAUUUUUGAUAGUGUACAGGCAGAAUUUGUAUAUUUUUUUAAUGUCUUACCAUACAAAAUGCAUUUGUUAUGAAUUGUGUAUUUGAUAUAUCUCUGUGUUUGUAGAUCUUCCAGCGUCUGUCUGAGGAGGCCGGUAGCGGGGUGGAGGAGACUCAGGACAGGUGCAUCAUGUUCCUCAGGAAGUUCAGAACUUACCUGUCCAAGAUCUACAACGCCAACGCUGACGACAUGGACAAGGUUAGACACACACACACGUCAAUAUACGGCAUAUAUACACAUGAAUAUUUGACAAAUAUCUAAUCAAAGAUUUAAGAGUUGGAAGCAUGACAUGACAUUCAACCAUAUUCACUGUGUGUUGUUCCAGCUGCCCGUUUCAAUGGAAGAGGUGAUGGAUCUCCUGAACGAUGUGAACCAGCAGCUAGGGGAGAGUGGAGAAGCAAUGGAUGAAGAGGAGGAAGAGGGCAGAACGGUCCACUUCAGCCCACAGUUUACUGAGCCUGCUGCCUCAGUCUCUCACAUCAAAUUCGCCCCUUUAACCCCCUCCCCCAGCAACAGCUUUGUCCCUCCCUCCAAAAGACACCUGGUACGAUAAAUGUUAACUUGUAAACUUACACUGAGUGUACAAAACCAUUAGGAACACCUUCCUAAUAUUGAGUUGCACCCCAUUUUGCCUUUAGAACAGCCUCAAUUCGUUGGGGCAUGUACUCUACAAGGUGUCGACAGCGUUCCACAAGGAUGCUGGCCCAUGUUGAUUCCAAUACUUUCCACAGUUGUCAAGUUGGCUGGAUGUCCUUGGGUGGUGGACCAUUUUUGAUAGACGGGAAACUGAAUGAAAAACCCUGCAGCGUUGCAGUUCUUGACACACUCAAACCGGUGCGCCUGGCACUUAAAACCAUACCCCAUUCAAAGGCACUUAAAUAUUUUCUUGCCAAUUCACCCUCUGAAUGGCACACAUACACAAUCCAUGUCUCAAUUCUCUCAAGGUUUAAAAAUCCUUCUUUAACCUGUCUCCUCCCCUUCAUCUACACUGAUUUGAAGUGGAUUUAACAGGUGACAUCAAUAAGGGAUCAUAGCUUUCACCUGGUCAGACUGUCAUGGAAAGUGCUGGUGUUCCUAAUAUUUUGUACACUGUAUGUGAGACACUGAUGCUCUUCCUAAUUUUGGUCAUUUAUGUACUUCAGUUUUAGAUUUAUUGUACAGGUUGUUUUUCUCACCUAAAUAAUAUAAAUAACUUGACAUAAUGAAACAUUAUUUUUCUCCUCUGUUUCCAGAUUUCCCCCAAGACGCCACCUCAUUGGGCGGAGGACCAGAAGUCCCUCCUGCAGAUGCUCUGCCAGCAGGUGGAAGCCCUUAAGGUCAGCCCCUAGCUUCGUUGUCUGAGGAUAUGGGAGAUGUUGCCCAUGUCAAGUGUGCCUAUUAAUUCAAUUAUAGAUGUCCAUGCAUGGUUUCUGUUAAGUGUUGUGCUGUGUGGUUGUGUUGCAGAAUGAGGUCCAUGACCUGAGACAUAACUCGUCAGACAGCAUGGCGUCACCCCACCAAAGGAUGUUUGGAGAUGGGUAUGGGCCUGACAUGCAGGAGGGCUACCCCCCAACACAGACCUUCCAUGGAGCACCCCUCACCGGUAGGAACACGGUACACAACUGGGUUGUGUAGUUUCAGGCUGUAUUAUUAGGAAUACUGAAAUAGCAAUGUUGCUAGAAUAUGAAAUUAUGACCGUUGAUUAUAACCUUUCCUCUUCUCUUUAUGUUUACAGUUGCCACCACACAGGCCCCUUCUAUGUAUUUCAAUCAAUCCCCUGCUUAUAACUCCGGACAGUAUCUCCUUCGUCCUGCAGCCAAUGUUACCCCAAUAAAGGUAGGUGUUUAUACCAUGGGAAUCUUCUUUUUCUUUGAGAAUUCAGAAUGGUUUAGAUACUUGAAGUGGGAGAGUCUUUUCGGUGGCAAAUAUGAAAUGAACAGGUUUUAGUUUCAAUGAAAUUUUCUUUCUCUUUUGUCUCAGCCUCCUGUGUAUGGAAUCAACCGCCUGCCACCCCAGCAGCACAUGUAUGCGUACCAGCAGCCCACUAACACACCUCCCCUGCAGUCAACACCAGCCUGCAUCUACCCUCCUCAAGACCAGGUCUUUGGUGUCCCCCUCCGCUUCGAGUCACCAGCAACCAGUCUACUCUCCCCAUACAGUGAGGAAUUCUACGGCCACUCUCAGCCCACCACUAACCCUCCCCUCCCUGAGCCUGGCUACUUCACCAAGCCCUCAGUUGUACCUGUUCAACCACCAAAGAGCAUUGAGGGGAAGCCUGUGGACUUUGGGAAGAUCUCCUUUGGCCAGCAUGUCCCUGCUGAGCCUCUUACGGUGCCUAGCUUUGGUGCUGGAGUAGUUGCCCAGUCCACUCCAUCAUCCGCUGCCUUUAAAUUCAACUCCAACUUCAAAUCCAAUGAUGGGGACUUUACCUUCAAGGCCAAAAACAGUGAGAACCUGUUGGGGCUUCUGACGUCAGACAUUCCCACUAAAUUUGAGGGCCCUUCAGAGGUGAAGCCUCCUAGCCAGGGAGGGAUAUUUAGCUUUGGCACUAAAAGCGCAGUAGGCUUCUCCUUCACUGAUGCAGCCCAGAGUCGGGACAAACCAAACCUGUUUGAAAAAAUUGAACAGCCAAAUAGUUUCACUGAUCUGACCAAGCCGGUAUUUGGGCUGGAAAACACAGCGGUGGAGAAAGGACCGGAGAGCGAUAACGACAGCACUCAUGUGGAGGAGGAUGAGGAUGGGCCUCACUUUGAGCCCAUUGUGCCCCUCCCUGACAAGGUAGAUGUGAAGACUGGAGAGGAGGAAGAAGAGGAGAUGUUCUGUAACAGGGCCAAGCUGUUCAGAUUUGAUGCAGAGACUAAAGAGUGGAAGGAGAGGGGCAUCGGCAUAGUCAAAAUCCUAAAGCACAAUACAUCAGGGAAAGUGCGUCUGCUGAUGAGGAGGGAGCAGGUUCUGAAGAUCUGUGCUAACCACUACAUCACGCCAGAUAUGCUCCUUAAACCAAAUGCUGGCUCUGACAAGUCCUGGGUCUGGAAUGCCAUUGAUUAUGCAGAUGAGGAACCAAGGCCUGAGCAACUGGCCAUCCGGUACAAAACGGCAGACGAGGCAUUGCUCUUCAAAACAAAGUUUGAAGAGGCUCAGAAGAUCGUUCCCAAAUUUCCAGAAAAGCGGCAAGAUCAGCCAGGUAGGAAAGAAACUUCUCCUAAUUCAUCUCCUCCUCAGGCGACAAACUUUGCUGCCCAGUUUGCAAAGAAGGACGGGGAGUGGGAUUGCGACGUGUGCUGUGUAAGAAAUGCUGCUACAAUUAUGCAGUGUGUUGCCUGUCAGACAGCCAACCCUAAUUCCCCGUCAGAGACCAACAGCAAACCGGCUACUGAAACCAAAGGCUUGACUAGUGGGGCAGCUUCAGUGAGAGGAUUUACUUUUGGAUUUGGAGCUGACUCGCCAAAAGACACCAGCAGCGCAGGAUCUAUUGGAAAGGGAUUUGGGGCUUUUGGAGCUCAAAUACCCUCCUCCUUUACUUUUGGAACGAGUGGCACCACUUCUAUACCUGCUGCUGGUUUUGGAGCCCAGUCUGGUAAGAAGAAAGAAACCACAGCAGAAGUAGCAGCAGAAUCAAAGCCCUCAACCAUUCCAUUUAGUUCCGGAUUUGGAGUGCAGUUUGGCAAAAAGCCAGGGCAGUGGGAGUGUGACACAUGUCUUGUUAGAAAUGAGGAAUUUGCAAGCAGUUGUGUUUCUUGUCAAACUCCAAACCAAGCAGCCAAAACUGUUGUAGAUGGAGCAGCAGCAUCAAAGCCCUCAACCAUUCCAUUUAGUUCUGGAUUUGGAGUACAGUUUGGCAAAAAGCCAGGGCAGUGGGAGUGUGACACAUGUCUUGUUAAAAAUGAGGAAUUUGCAAGCAGUUGUGUUUCUUGUCAAACUCCAAAUCCCACUGCAAAAUCAACAGUAGAGGUAGCACCACCACCAAAGCCAACAGUGUCGGGCUUUGGUGGUCUUUUUUCUAAGAAGGACAGACAAUGGGACUGUGAUACCUGUCUAGUGAGGAAUGAUGCAUCAGCCUCUAAGUGUAUUUCCUGCCAGACACCCAAUGCUAGCAGCACCCCCUCUCUUGGGGCCAUGUUUUCCAAACAGGGGGGACAGUGGGACUGUGACACAUGUCUAGUCAGAAACGACGGCUCUGCUAGUCAAUGUGUCUCCUGUCAGGCACCCAAUGCUAAGAGCACAGCCACCCCCUCCAGCUCAUCCUUCAACUUUAGCUUUGAAAGUCAAAGUACAUCUACUCAGCCCGCAGGCACUGCAUCCUUCAAGUUUGAGACCCCUCAGGCUGAAAGCAGUGGCCCCAAUGCUGCAGGCUUCUCUUUCACCAUGCCCGUCCCAGCAGGUGGCUUUAAGUUUGGCACUCAGGAAACUGCAAAGGAAACCCCACCAGCUGAAACUCAGACUCCUGCUUCAGGGUCUGCGUCCAUGUUCCUGAAGAAUAUCGCAGAGCAGCACAGAGGGAAAGAGAAGGAAUCUGGCGUCAGUGUAUCUGCAUCAGUGCUGUCGGUGGACAACACCAAUCAGGAUGAGAAUCUCCUCUUCACUGGCAAACCCAAUGACUUCAGUUUUGCAGAUUUGGCUAAGAACUCACAAGGAGACUUCAAGUUUAAACCGACCGACUCCAAUUUCAAAGGCUUCACCCAUGCUGGCGAGCAGCUGUUCACAUCCCUUCAGUCAAACCAGUGGGCAGACACAUCUGCUGACCAGGAUGAAGAGGACAUAUACAAAACAGAGGAGAAUGACGAUAUCCAGUUUGAGCCUGUGGUCCAGAUGCCUGAGAAAGUGGACCUGGUCACAGGAGAGGAGGAUGAACAGGCCCUUUACUCACAGAGAGUAAAGCUCUUCAGGUUUGACGGAGACAUCAGCCAGUGGAAGGAGAGGGGUGUUGGGGUCCUCAAGUUCCUGAAGAACGCCACCAACGGCAGGUUGAGGGUGCUGAUGAGGAGAGAGCAGGUCCUGAAGGUGUGUGCCAACCACUGGAUCACCACCACCAUGAACCUGAAGCCCUUGGCUGGCUCCAACAAAGCCUGGAUGUGGCUGGCUAAUGACUUCUCAGAAGGAGAUGCCAGACUGGAGCAACUCGCCGCCAAGUUUAAAACCCCAGAGCUGGCUGAGGAGUUCAAGCUGAAAUUUGAGGAGUGUCAGAGGCUCCUGUUGGACAUCCCACUGCAGACUCCUCACAAGCUUGUCGACACAGGCAGAACUGCACAUCUCAUCCAGAAGGCAGAGGAGAUGAAGUCCGGUCUGAAAGACCUUAAAUCCUUCCUGACUGAUGACAAAACAAAGAUCAAGGAGGACGACAGCCAAGCUAACAACACGACAGCCAGUAACACCUCAGGUCUGAUCAUCAAGCCCCACGCGGAGAGCACUGGCCCUACCUUAGAAUGGGACAACUAUGACCUGAGAGAGGAGGCUCUGGACGACAGUGCUGACACAUCUGUCUACGCCUCACCCCUAGCAAGCAGCCCAAUCAGGAAGAACCUCUUCUGCUUUGGAGAAUCCACAGCUGGCUUUAACUUCAGCUUCCAGCCUGUCAUCAGUCCUGCCAAGUCGGCGGCCAAGCUGAACCAGAGCGGGGUGUCUGUGGACGAGGAGCAGGACGCGACCCUGGAGGAGGAGGAGAGGGAUGGCUUGUACUUUGAGCCUGUUGUUCCCCUGCCAGACCUGGUGGAGAUCUCCACUGGAGAGGAGAAUGAAAACAUAUGUUUCAGCCACAGAGCAAAGCUGUACCGCUAUGACAAAGACCUGAACCAGUGGAAGGAGAGGGGCAUCGGAGACCUCAAGAUACUGCAGAACUACGACACCAAACAAGUCAGACUCCUCAUGAGGCGGGACCAAGUCCUGAAGAUCUGCGCCAACCACUGGGUCACAUCUUCUAUGAAGUUGGAGCCCAUGAAGGGUGCUGAGAAGGCCUGGGUCUGGAGUGCUGUUGACUUUGCUGAGGUAGCGGAGGGAAAUGUGGAACAGUUAGCGGUGAGGUUCAAACUGCAGGAUGUAGCCAACUCCUUCAGAGACAUCUUUGACAAAGCUAAAACUGCCCAGGAGAAUGAGAUUCUGGUCACUCCCAUAGCCUCCUGUGAGGCCCCUCAGGAGGUAGCAACAGCUCCAGCCACAGGGACGACAGUGUGUGGACAGGCUGCUGUGGCCAUCCUGGAGGAGACCACCAGAGAACGGACUGAGCUGUCUUCUGAGACUUUCCACACCCCUGACAGCAAGGCCUCCACUUCCACACCACACAGCCCUCUCAACCCCUCUAAGAUGGUGGUGUCUCCUCCCAAGUUCCUCUUCGGAACCGACUCUCUCCAGAAGAUCUUCGGCAGCAGCCUCCCGUCGUCCAAGGAGGAUGUUUCUUCAGAGAGCUCGAAGGCUAAAGACAGCGGUCGGAUCGCCCAGCCCUCACCUGCAUUCAAAAUCCCAGAAAAGGGUAAGCCUUUUAUUGUUUUCCUUUCUCGGUUGAUUUUGUUGUUCUUGUGGUUCAGUGUGAACUGCUUGUUUUUGAAUGGUGACCCCCCCCCCCCCCCCUCCCAUGAUGGAGUUUUCACACAAUUUGACCCCGUUGUGAUUCCAUUCAUGUCCCAUUGGUUCAUCUCAUUGCUUCUUCCACCAGCCCACACCCAGUGUUAGGUUAGCAGAACAGAAUUUAUAAUAAUAUAAUAUGCCAUUUAGCAGACGCUUUUAUCCAAAGCGACUUACAGUCAUGUGUGCAUACAUUUUUACGUAUGGAUGGUCCCGGGGAUCGAACCCACUACCCUGGUGUUACAAGCGCCAUGCUCUACCAAUUGAGCUACAGAGGACCACUUAACUUAACCCAGUCAUUCCCAUUAGCCUAAUUUACAUCCACUUCCUCACACCUGGUAUUUUGAUAUAGGUUGUUUGAUAUGAUAGCAGAUGUAAUCCCAAUUAUGUAAUCCAGUACACUUCGCCUAGUAAUCUAAUCCCCUAAGGAUAAUGCAGUCACUCCAUUUUCAAAGAGGUAUAGCAGCUACAUCUUCAUGAAGGCAGAGAUGGGGACAGGACAGAAUAUAGAAAGAUUGUAUAAUCCAUUACACUUAGAUAAUGUAAUGACGUUCAGCAACUUGAAUCUCACUGAAGACUCAUUUCAACACAUUUUCAUUUCUUAAUCCACCCACCCCCAAUUCUAGGUUGUCUCACCUGCCAACCAUUAUUUUGUAGGAUUGGAUUUUAGGCUUUUCAAAGAUAACCCAAUGGCUUUUUGGACCAGCGCCUCAUCCACCCAAUUUGAGCCCCCAGGUAUUCUGACACUGCACUGUGUGUGUGCUGUGACACGUCACCUACACGGCUGGGCCUGCUUUGUAGCCAGUCUUAACCCGCACGCAACGAGUGGAACAUACAAACCUUUAGUACAACAACCUACCGAGCUGCAUGCCCAUCUAUACUCAACAGUUACUAUUACUCUAGAGCAGGUGUAGUCAGCUCUUACCUUACAAGGUCCGGAGACUGCUGUUUUUUUGUUCUACCUGAUAAUUGAUUGCACACACCAGGUGUCCCAGGUCUAAAUCAGUUCCUGAUUAGAGGGGAACAAUGAAAAAAUGCAGUGUAACUGGCUUUGAGGUCCAGAGUUGAGUUUGAGGGCACUCCUUGACAAAUCACUAGAGACUCAAAGCCACAAGAGGGUAGAACACAUUUCAAACUUUGCUUGUUAGGCUUACUACGAAUGAAUGUUAGGCUAGCUGUUUAGCUAAUAGAAAGGUGAAAGGACUAAGUUCCUGGUAGCGGCCACUGGAGUGUUGACGAUGAUAGAGUUCUUCUCCCUCUGUUGAAAGGAGACACGGGGAGAUUCCAGCCAUGCUUCCUGACAGGAAUGUACUGUCACACACACUCCAACGUCACAAACAUUUUUAGUCCAGGAUGGGUAGCAACAGUGUGAAAGGCAACGUCUGUUCCGUUUCGUUCCAGAGAUUUACAGUAUGUCCCAGAGUUCAAACCCAGGUAGAAUGUGCUGCUGUAUGUUACAAGCGUUUGUGUUCUACCACUGGAUGGUAAUCUAUUUAGAAGGUCAUACCAAGGAUAAUUUGAUUUGGAAUUAUAAGCACCCUUGAAGUGUGUGUAAAAUAUAUAUAUUUUAAAUGUAUUUGGCCUUAGUGCUAUUAGCCACAUACAAAAGCAUUGAAUAACAGAUAGCCCCCCCAAAAAAUAAUUGAAAUGAAGUUUAUGAAGGGUCUGUCCUAUAUCUGAGAUUAUUUUUUCAACUGGUACCCGGGGACAUUCAGACAAGUCUUAUAAGGCCUGUGGGCGUCCUAGAGCAAAACAACCGACAUGUUCGUGUCUCACCUUUCCACAGAUGGGUCAUAUUAGUGUGUAGCCCAAACUGUUCGGACACUACAGACAGAAGUUGGCAGAUCGGCUGUACCUACUUCAGACGAGUCCCAAGAUGCUUGUGGGGGUCGUAGAGCAAAAUGGAGAACACCAUCGUGUUCGUGAGAGUCCUCUUUCCAUAGAGGGGUUUUAAUAGUUUGUGGGCUAAACAUCACUCUAGCUCUGUCACCUUUCACCGCAGAUGCGGAAGUGCAACAUAAGCGGAUGCAGUGGAUUGAGACACAUAGGCAGGUGCAUUGAGACGCAUCCAAUGCAAGAAAACAUACUUUUGGCCAUGUAGUGUAUGUGGACCCCUGCUCGUCGAACAUCUCAUUCCAAAAUCAUGGGCAUUAAUAUGGAGUUCGUCCCCCCUUUGCUGCUAUAACAGCCUCCACUCUUCUGGGAAGGCUUUCCACUAGAUGUUGGAACAUUGCUGCGGGGACUUGCUUCCAUUCAGCCACGAGCGUUAGUGAUGUUGGGCGAUUAGGCUUAGCUCUGUCGGCAUUCCAAUUCAUCCCAAAGGUGUUUGAUUGGGUUGAGGUCAGGGCUCUGUGCAGGCCAGUCAAGUUCUUCCACACCGAGUUCAACAAAACAUUUGUGUGGGCUUUGCUUUGUGCACGGGGGCAUUGUCAUGCUGAAACAGGAAAGGGCCAAACUGUUGCCACAAAGAUGGAAGCACAGAAUCGUCUAGAAUGUCAUUGUAUGCUGUAGGAUUAAGAUUCCCCUUCACUGGAAGGAACCAUGAAAAACAGCCCCAGACCAUUAUUACUCCUCCACCAAACUUUACACUUCGCGGCUUAGCCGUUGUUGCUCCUAGACGUUUCCACUUCACAGUAACAGCGCUUACAGUUGACCAGGGCAGCUCUAGCAUGGCAGAAAUUUGACGAACUGACUUGUUGGAAAGGUGGCAUCUUAUGAAGUCACUGAGCUCUUCAGUACGGGCCAUUCUACUGCCAAUGUUUGUCUAUGAAGAUUGCAUGGCUGUGUUUAUACACCUGUCAGCAACGGGUGUGGAUAAAAUAGCAGAAUCCACUCAUUUGAAAGGGUGUCCAUGUACUUUUGGCCAUGGAGUGUGUCUCUAGCUUAAACUGACAGAUUUUUAUGGGGAUUUUUUAUUAUGCUAAUUGGCAUAUUAAUUGGUUUUAGAGAACCAGUAGGAAAUGGUUAAACUGGAAUCUUCUAUGGUUGGCCUCAUGUACAGUACACUGUAGAUCCAUGGUUCUAAUGUUUAUGAUGCCUUUGAGAUUCACUUCCUCAAUAGUUAUAGCAUUCUCAGAUAUAGGAAACUGCUUGCUCGGUGUGGUGAAAUGCAUGAUGUCAAUUUUUGAGAUGCAUGUGUUUCGGUGUGGAACUAACCCUAGACAUGCAACUACCUCUUUAGUGAAAUGGUUGUGACUUUUUAGCAGGUGAACAAUUUUAGGAUAGUAAGUUAAAUGUACUGCCCUACAGUACCAAACAAUAACCUUGCAGCAUAAUUCAGUCAAGUCAUAAAAUGUUCUGUAGAUCCAAUUAUUGUACAGUAUUUUGCAAUUAUAUUAUACAAAUUCACCUUGGAGGUUAAUAAAGUUGUAUAAUUCUGUUACUGCCUUCAAUGUCUCUGUUCUGUAGACUGUUCUGUAGGAAGGGGGUCGCCCGAGGGAGUUGUCUCACUCUUUGUGUUGUUAUAGCACCCCCCCAGGUGAAGGCUGAUGAUGACGUGGAGGUGGUGUAUGAGAGGCAGCCGACUGCGGAGCAGGCUCUUCUGGCCAGGGAACUCCUGCUGCCUCUCACCUUCUUCUGCUACCAGAAUGAACCAGGAAACACUAGCGACGACCAGACAGACGGUGAGAAAUGACACCAACGCUCUCUUGCAAACCUUUUCUAACUGUAUGAGCAAAGGUUUACUAAUCGUAGUUGACUGUGUUGCUAAUGUUAGUUUGUGUUGCAGAUGAGGACUUUGAGACAGCAGUUAAAGCCCUGAAUGGAAAACUGUACCAGGAUCCUCCUGAGAGAAAGGCUGCAAGUGCAGGUUCUGGUAAGUUUCAAGGCCAUAGUGGCUAUAGAGAGAUGUAUGAAUAGCCAUCGAUAGGUUGGUGAAAUUUCUCCUCAAAAGUUACCUCUCCAAUAACCUUCUCCUCUCAGCAGCUCAGGCGGAGAUUGGUGUUGAGCCUGAGGCAGGUGCUGAGGGUUUGUACCCGGCGGUUGAGGUGGUGUGGGAGAAGAGGCCUACUCCAGAUGAGGAGCAGAAAGCCAAGACCCUGCAGCUGCAUCCAACUUUUUGUGGUGUAGGCGGCGAGGCAGAGGACUUUAAGCCAGAGGACUUUAAGCCAGAGGACUUUAAGCCAGAGGACUUUAAGCCAGAGGACUUUAGGCCAGAGGUCUGUAAAGCACAGGAGUCCCUGUUGAGAUUUCUAUAAUAUAUAAAUUUGUUUGCACACGUAGAUAAACAUCUUAUGUGGCAUUAGGAUAUAAGAAAUUUAAACUACUAUAGUUCUCUCAAGAAAAUGUUGAUGUUUUGGUUAUUGUGUUUCAGGACGCAGAGAGAAGCUCACACCCAGUUUCAUCUGAGGCUGUGUCCUCCAGCACCGGCGACACAGUGCCAGAACAACAGUUCCCAGACCAGUCCCCCAGCAGCCAAGAACAGGCUGCAGAUCAGUCUGAGGCAGAGGUUCAGUCCUCUACUGCAGAGGCUGAGUUCCCAGCUCAGUCGGUAACCAUCCAGGAGGCAGAGGUCCAGACCACUACAGAGGAGCAGCAGACUCCUGAUCAGUCACACUCCACUCCAACUCAGACUGCAGUCUCUAGCAGUGGGGAGCAGGCUCAAACUCCAAACCUUUCAGCAAAACAUGCUGCUAGUGCCCCAGCUUUGGUGACCCCCUUAUUUGGAUUUGGUGCACAGUUUGGCAAAAAGCCAGGGCAGUGGGAGUGUGACACAUGUCUUGUUAGAAAUGAGGAGUCUGCAAGCAGUUGUGUUUCUUGUCAAACUCCAAACCCUGCAGCCAGCAGUGGUGAGCAGGAUCCAGAUCAGUCAGACUCUAUUCCUGCAGCUACCAGCAGCAGCCCCAUAGACCUGUCUACCAAGAAGACCUCUGACUCCACGUCGACAUUUACUACAACCAUUACUCAUGGUAUGAGAUAUUUAUCAUUGCAGACCAUUUGCAUUCUACACUGAUCAGGAAGAGCAUGUCCCUCUUGGGCAUACACUCGAUGUCCUCACAGCAGCACAAUCCCACUUCUAACACCAGUACAGCAACCUGUCUUCUCAUCCUUUAUUUCUCCUUUACAGAUGCUCCUAACACAUUUGGCUCCUUGGGCUUGAGUGAUCUGGGAGGGGAAGGGUUCUCCUUCGCUGAACUGGCACAGAACACCGGGGGUGAAUUCUCCUUCGGAAAACAAGGUUGGCACUUCUACAUUUUCUGAAUACAAUUGACUGAAGGAAAUUCAAUAUGUGUGCUUAAUUUUAAGGUUUUACAAGUUAACAUGACACAACUGUGAGCUAUGUUUCAGUGAAUACAAACAUAUCAGUUAACUUUUAAAAUGUUUCCUUGUUAGAUUCUAACUUCUCGUGGGCGAAUGCCGGGGCUACGUUGUUUGGAGCUGCAGCCCCACCCAAAGCUGAGGGAGGGGAGGAGGGGAGCGAUGAAGAGGACGCUAAUAAUCUGGACAUUGACUUUGAACCCAUAGUCUCCCUACCAGAGGUAUUUAUUAAUCUAACUCCACUUAACCUUACUGGGAACGCCAUUAUAAAGUAAAGUAGCCAUGGCUUGUGCGAGCCGAAACAGCUCAUAGGACCAGGAGCCUAUCACCUGUUUCUGAAGCGUGAGGCAGCUUGAUGUACAAGUACACCCCCUCAACAGGACGCUAGUCUAUUUCAGGUCCUUACCCCCAAUCUAUCUUCUUAAUGCUGAGUGCCAAGCAGACUCCACAUCAUCAUUAUAACUGACUGUAAAUGUGUUUUAGUUGGAGGCUGUCAUGACUCCACAUUCUAUCUAUGACAGAGAAUCUUGCCUGUUCUACUUGAUACAUUUCUAUACGAGUUCUGUAAACUUACACCCUCCUGAUUAACCUGCUUGUAAUUGUGUUAUCUAGGUGGAGACUAAGUCAGGGGAAGAGGAUGAGGAGAUCCUGUUUAAGGAGCGUACCAAGCUGUACCGCUGGGAGAGAGCCCUGGGCCAGUGGAAGGAGAGGGGUGUGGGCGACAUCAAGAUCCUCUUCCACCCUGAUAAGAGGUUCUACCGGGUGCUGAUGAGGAGGGAGCAGGUGCUGAAGGUGUGUGCCAAUCACACCAUCUGCCAGAGCAUGGAGCUCAAACCCAUGAACACCUCCAACCAAGCCCUUGUCUGGACCGCUACUGACUUUGCAGGUAGUUCUACACACAGCUCCCCCACAUAUAUACACACACACACAGCGCUAUGUAGAAAUGUUGAUUCUUAUAUAGUUGAUGUAUUGAUCCUGAUUUAUCUCUCAAGAGGGUGAGGGUAAGGUGGAGCAGUUGGCAGCCAAGUUCAAGACAGCAGAGCUGGCUGAGUGUUUCAGGAAAACCUUCUGUGAGUGUCAGAGCCGUAUGAGCCAGUCAGAGGCCUUCCCCCAGAUGUCCAGGGUCCAGGAACAUUCUAGAGACUCCAACCCCCAGGUCAGUGUUUCCCCAGCCUGCUAUUGUAUAGGUGGGGCGCCUAGCCUACGACUUUUGUCCACUCCACCUAAAAUAUUUGUUGAAAUUUUACUAAAAUGAUGGCUUGUAAAAUAAUCUAUAUGAAACUCUGCCCCCAGGUGUACCUCUCGAUCACCGCUGACGACGAGCCCCUGGGAAUGGUCACCAUAGAACUGUUCUCUCACAUUGUCCCCAAGACGGCUGAGAACUUCAGAGCGCUGUGUACAGGACAGAAAGGCUUCGGGCUGCGCAACUCUGUCUUCCACAGGAUCGUUCCGGACUUCAUGUGUCAGGUGAGGAGAGGGGAGUGCCUGUGUGGGGUUGGACUGUUUCCACUAAAUAACACAGCCACAAAGUCAAAAUUGGCUAAUUCAUGAAAACCGAAAUGUGCUUUUUGGUCUUAAUUUAAGGUUAGGCAUAAGAUUAGCAGUGUGGUUGGGUUUAAAAUCAGAUUUUAAGAAGAUACAUUGUAGAAAUAGGUGGGGUUUAUGACUUUGUGGCUGUGUUAACUAGUGAUGACCAGGUUGGACUCAAACCAGACAAUUCUCAGACCCACCAAAGUGAGUUCAUAACCUUCAAUGCCAUGUUUCCCAAAUAGGUCAGUCAGUGCCUCUUGGAACACAAAAACAGUUUGUAAACCACAGCUCUGUCUAACUUAGCUUUUUUAUGUGUCAUGGUGGGGACACCAGAUAAGUCUUUCCUAACGUCUGUCUCCUCUGUACUCAGGGUGGAGACCUCACCAACCAGGACGGGACAGGAGGGAAGUCCAUCUACGGGGACAAGUUUGAGGACGAGAACUUUGAUGUGCGCCACACGGGCCCAGGGCUGCUGUCCAUGGCCAAUCACGGCCGAGACACCAACAACUCCCAGUUCUUCAUCACACUGAAGAAGGCUGAGCACCUGGACUUCAAACACGUGGCCUUUGGCUUCGUCAGAGAGGGCAUGGAUGUGGUCCGCAGCAUGGGAGAGCUGGGCACCAAGACUGGCAAACCCAGCAAGAAGAUUGUCAUCACUGAAUGUGGACAACUAUAGAGCUUGAGCUCAGGUCACUGACUGGACAACUCAACUAUAGGGCUGAGAUUUGGUCACUGAUUGGACGGCUAUGGGCCUUCUCUCUGGUCAUGGACUGAACAGUAAUAGGAUUUCAAACUGCGCACAAUUAUAGUAGGCAAAUAUCAAAUUAAUCCCUAUUCUCCAUAUAGUGCACUCUUUUUGAUCCGAGCCCCAAGUGGAGUGCACUAAGUGCUUUGGUAGUGCACUACGGGGGGAAUAGGGUUUCAUUUGAGACAGGGCCAGAGUCUCCUGAUCAGUGUUGCACUUGCUUCCCUGCUGCACCCGGAGGGCUGCACGUCCCUGUGUGAAUCCCCAGACCGUUUAUUUGUGUGUAUAAUGUACAUGGACUACUUUCUUUUGGUCUUUUUUUUGUGUGCAUGUGUUCCAAUAAGAGUUGCCAGCGCUGGUUCCUUCAUAAGCGCCUGAACUCCAUUGUUUUGUGUAAUUAAGUCUUAAUUAAGAUUAUUGAGACCUUGUUUAAAAACCAACCUCAAUUCGUUUGGGACAGCGUUCCUGCUGCCUGUGUAUACUUUUAGGUGUGUUUUUUGUGUGUAGGCUAUACAUUGAUUUCAUAAUGUGUAAAUUAUUGAGACUACACUUGUCCAUCUUAAACUAAACGGUACAAAUAUGAAGAACUAUGAAGUCUGACAAUUUGGGAGAGGCGACAGAUAAUAAAUAUUAUAUUUUAUGGUUGUAUAAGCACCCUCUAUGGUAUUCUGUUGAGAAGUCACAAUAGGGGGUUAACAAUUAUUAUUGUCAUUAAAUAAAUUGAAGAUGCUGGAGACUGUCUUUUAGAAAGAAAGUUGCUUUAUAACUGAUAACCUUGUUCGAUUUCAAAUAUCUAUUUAAUGUAUGUGUGUUACAAGUGAACAACUAAAGAGGUG